GUAACAUAAUGUAUAGCCCGCUUUUGCACUAGCAUUGCAAUUGCCUUGUAGUAUUGAUCUUUUGGUGACUGAGUUCGACUACCUGCCUAGUCUAUGAUCUCCUGUUCAAUUUUCUUGUGGUCUGUGUGGUGUAGUCGCAGCUCGCAAUGGACGAGAAAUGAUAUCGUGUUUUAAGUUUUCGUGCUGUGUAAUGAAUAAAAUGUCCGAAGACAUAGUUAUGAAGACCUUGUUAUGUUCUGUAAAUAAUAUAUGUGUAUUUUAAUUUGUUAAUGAUGAGGUUUCAUAGACGUUGUGGGGAUAGAGUUAGUCUUUUACACGAAAAUACAACUGCCGUAAGAAAUUUUGUUGAAUUUAAUCACGGGUUAAUUCUUAGUGCAGAUCCACUCGCUGAUGAUGUUAUAUUUGAAGUUUGCAUAGAUAGAAAGGUAAACAUCUGGAAUGGGAGCCUUGAAAUCGGAGUCACCACCCUGGACCCUGAGUAUAUGGAGUUGCCUGCCACGGCAACUAAGCUUCGCAAUACGGCCUGGAUUAUGUCCGGAAGUUCUGUGGUAAAGGAUGGAGUUACACUUAUACACUCUUAUGGCCCUAAGUUGGAUAGUCUUCACGAAGGCGACUGUUUAGGUGUUAUGAGAACUAGCAAGGAUGAAUUAAUGUUCUAUGUAAAUGGAAGAUGUCUGGGAAUAGCAGCGACUGAGAUGCCCCCACGACUCUUUGCAGUUAUAGAUUUGUAUGGCCAGUGCGUACAAGUUUCAAUAAUGCAUACAAAUAGCAUGCGAACCAUCAUGGAGAAUAGUUUGGAUCAGAUUGAAGAAGAUCCCAACAACGACGAUUCGAUAAUGAGUGAAUCGGAAGUCAUGCCUGGGACUUUACAAGAUAAGCCGUGUUCGGAUGUCUUCGUACCAAUGACUACGGAAGGCGCCUGUGCUCUAGUGGCCAGAGACCGACUUCGGUUUCAUCCCAGAUGUGGUAUAUUGGUGAAACUGUCGAAUAAUAACAAGUCUGCCGAGCGCUCCCGUCCCUUAGACGACUAUAAUAACGGCGUCGUAAUGACUCACAGACCGCUAUACGACAACGAGCUCUUUGAGAUUCGAAUAGACCGCCUCGUGGACAAAUGGAGCGGUAGUAUAGAGGUUGGCGUUACGACCCACAACCCAGCGACCAUUCGGUUUCCGUCGACAAUGACAAACAUGGAUUGCGGAACCAUCAUGAUGUCUGGUUGCAAGGUCCUGAUCAACGGACAAGGCACUUGUGUCGAAUAUGGCAACUUUAAUUUGGAUGAACUUCGGGAAGGAGACACUAUUGGUAUGAUGCGCAAUUCUGCUGGUAAAUUGCACUACUUCAUAAACAGCAUCGAUCAGGGAGUUGCGGCAGACAAGGUGGACCAACAAGUUUGGGGCGUUAUCGAUCUUUAUGGAAUGACUGUCAAGGUUUCCAUAGUUGAUGCGUGUGAGGAUCUUUGUGAGAUGGACACCAAUGUCAUGAACCAGACAAGCAUCUCCAACGUCCCUAACCUACCGUCGCCUGUACCUGCGAACACCAGCAGAUACAGGCCUCAAAUAGACGAAGACAGUCUUUUAUUUCAUUCGCUGCGUGAUUCGUAUGUUAUUAUUAUUAACGAUGGUAAGACUGCUCAUCGGCCUAACGCUUUCGAAUUCUUCAACAAUGGUAUAGUGAUGACGAAUCGAACGUUAAAGACCAAUGAGCUGUUUCAAGUUAGACUCGACCUGGUCAUACCCAAGUGGGCCGGCAGUAUCGAGAUAGGGGUCACGCAGUAUUCCUCCAAUGAUAUAAAGACACCGUUCAAAAUGAGUCACGCUAAAUCAGGCACUUGGGUCAUGGCCGGCGAAGAUAUUAUUCGCAAUGGAAGCGUUAUAAUACCGAAAUACAUAAGAAAUCUCAAUGGAUUAUGUGAAGGAGACACUGUGGGCGUGAUGCGAAAGGACAUGGGCAUCUUACAUUUCUUUGUGAAUGGCAUCGAUCAAGGUCCGGCCGCUUUUAAUAUACCGGGACAAGUUUUUGGUGUUAUUGAUUUAUAUGGAAGAGUGGCGCAAGCGACGAUUGUAGAUACCUAUUCACCGCCAACAACGUUUUCACCGGAAUCACCAAACUCCUUCGAAUCAAAUACUACAGUUUAUCCGGAAAUGUGCUUCCACCGCGUACACGGGCGUAAUGCACGCUUGAGUCGUACGCGAUUGACUGCGUCACGUACGGCCGUCUACUCGGAGUUCAACGAUGCAGUGCUCUUCAGUUCGAGACCUUUGCGAGAGUGCGAUAUGUUUGAACUUAGGAUAGAUUCUAUGGUCGAUUGCUGGAUUGGAAGCUUGGAGAUUGGUGUGACAGCAAUUCGUCCUGAUGACCUAGAUGAUUGUGUCCUAGCGGGAACAGCGACGGACCUGAACUACGACACGUACAUUUUGAGCGGCUCAGCAAUGAUGAAGGAUGGAGAGUGUGUGAGGAGUGGAUACUCCUUGGAUUUGGACACAUUGACUGUCGGUAGUCGAGUUGGUGUUAUGUGGCACGCGGAUAGAAGCCUCCACUAUUACUUGGAUGGAAUGGAUAUGGGGAAGGCGUGGUUUGUUCCUCAUCUUAACAUCUACGCAGUUGUCGACCUCUACGGCCAAUGCACUCAGGUGACAAUACUCCAAAACGAAGAGAGAACAUUUAACUACAACGGCUGUCCACUCGCUGAUAAUCCGUUCUUCGGUCUACCACGGUUAUUGGCCACACCUCCACCGCCAUAUUGGAGUUUUUCCGAGUACUACGGAGACAACGUCCGGUUAACUCACGAGUAUUCGGUCGCGAAGAGGUUGACUCCCGAUCCUACGGGAGCAUUAGUCUUUAGCUCCGACCACUUGGCUGUGGGGGAAAUGUUUGAGAUAAAAAUCACGGAAUGCCAAGACAGUUUUGCUGGAGGAUUUCGUAUGGGAGUGACCGAUAUAAAUAUUUUGAACGCACACGUCAAUAGAAGCCUACCCCCAUCUAUUAUAUACUUGCCACAUUACACCGCUUAUAUUGAUGGGAGAUAUAUGAAAUACUCAAAGCCUGGUACCAGAGAGCAAGACUGGUGCACUGUCUCACCGUCAUUCGAGUGGCUGAGACCUGGAGACCGUGUCGGUCUGAAGAAGACUACCGACGGACGUGUCUUGGUGUAUUACAACUGCGAGUGUAUUGAUGCGGCAUUUGAACGGGUUCCUGAUAAAGUGUACGUGGUGAUGGAGCUGUAUGGAUGCGUUUACAAGAUUCAAGCAAUAAAACGGGACAAUGUUGUCGCCUUGCCGCAAACAAUACCAAACGACUCUAUGUACAUUAAACCUACUACGGAGGUGGAAGUGGACCUGAACAUGGAGAGUGGUACAAGUGAAACUGAAGGCACCUUGUCGACGGUAACUGUGAUGCCAGUGGAGAGACGUCGUCGGUCGCCUUUGCCAUACACCUUUCACUAUGUGCACGGAAAGAAUAUCAAGCUGUGCAGCUCCGAUACAGUAGCCGUGCGUACGUCCGGCUACAACGAUGCAAUCGCUAUCGUAAGCCAGCCUCUCCGAAGGGGCUACAGUUUUAGGUUCCGGAUCGACAAGUUGGAUGAAGACUGGGAAGGCAGUGUGGCGAUAGGGGCCAUAGCGAUGCUGCCUACGGACAGUCUUCCGCCAGUCGCGACUCGGCUCGUCCCGGCUGCCUGGGUGCUCACCAGUGACCUCUUAUACGAUGGCACUUAUUUUUUACGCGCUCCACUGGCUAUUGAGCUCGAAGACGUGAACGAGCAGUCGGUUUUGACUCUCCAUUUUAGGUUCAACAGUGACCUGGUGGUGGAGUUAGAUGGAAGAGUUUUAGCCAUCGUCGGAUCUGUCUCGAGACUCAACAGCCAUGUAUACCCUUUGGUGGAUCUCUACGGAAAAGUUUGUCAGGUCUCGGUUUUGCUCCAUCCGUAUUCUAUUAUGAGUGGAACGUCACUAGAUUUGCCGAUGAUCGCUGAAAACAGACGCGAAGAGUCUCUGGCGGAGCUAGAACAAGAACUGGAGAAUACAAAUGAAAAUAGAUUGCAGCGUAGAAACCGGGCAUUCAGUGAAAACAAUUUGAUAGACGACUUCGAGAUAGCGGGUCCCAGCACAGAUGCCAGAAACACCUUAUUCCAUGACGUCAGAAUCGCGCAGAGCAAUGUGAUGCAUCAGAGCUUAAUUCUGACCUCGGACAGGGGGCACAGAGUGGUGCAAAAGAGUCACUCCACUCACAACUUCAGUACCGAGGAAAUUGACGGACGAGCCAGGGACGACUGCGAUACGAACAUUCAGCAUAACGACCGCUACCCUGAAGCCGAUGUAGAUAAUCUGGAUAACGAAAUCAUGGACGCCCUCACCUUGGAAACGGGGAAUCUUCCAGAUUUAACCGAGGAACAAUCAUCGUCGAUGGACGACUCUACCCGAAGGGAUGACGCUGAGCCGUUUUCAGUGGAGAAUUUGAAUUAUUUGAACAGGAUUUUGGGCUUGGAUCAAGAGUGCGAAGGGAGUCUAGAGGCUGAAUGGGAAGCCUCCGGAGAAGGCUGCGAGCAUCUGCAUUUAGUGCUAAAGUAUUGGAAUUUUUUGGUGCUGCCUUACCCGGAGUUGAGGAAAGCAGUUUCUUGGGGACAAGUCAAGUGCUACUGCAGCAAUUGUGUACCAGAUGCUGAGCCGUUGUUCGCUGGUUGGGUACGCAUUGAGCGUAUUGACGGCAUCGGUGCGGCGACACGCGGCUUCUGGCACAUCGUCCGUUCGACCCUCGGUGCGGCACAAGCAGUCGAACGAGCGGUUGCUAAGCGACCGGCCAAGAUGUCUUCCACUCUUCUGACUACCCCUAGCGAUGUGUGGAUGGAUGAAGAAGGGAAGCCACAUCACACAGUUUUAGCCAUAGAAAUCGAUAUUGAGGGCAACGAAGCCGAUAAAGACAGGCUGCUAGCCUUUCUUAUUUACAUGAAGCCUCAUAUUGUUUUCGUCGACGAUAAUCCACUGAGCCUCGACGAAUGACCAGCAAAGACCGCUUUACCACCAACUCGUGCCUCGCAACGUGGUUAAAAGAGGAAAUGGCCCGAUCUUUUGGUAUAUGAAAGAAAUUUAUACUAACUUAGCGAUAAUUAAUCAUUUAUGUCCAAUCCGAUGUCAAUUGUCAAACUUAUGCGUGUCGUGACCAAGGAAGUUGUUAAUGUUUUCCAUAUAAAUUUAGUUAAAUUGAAUUUCUUUCAAGUACCAAAAAUUUACACAAAAAACCGACAUCAAACAUUUAAUUUUACAAAAACUUUUGUAUUUUACGUAUAUUUCUCAAUGUUUAAUAAGAGUCGGUCAAAAAAAGGUCCAUUUGCAAAGAUCCGAGGCGCGAGGUUAAUGGGAUCUUUCGUUACAAUAUAAUGUAAAAAUGUCCAAAUGUUUAGUCGGUCAAUUACUUCAAAGUAUACACACACUAAUAGUAUUACUUGAAUUGACAUAAAUACUUAGACAUUUAUAGGUUCCAACUUUGACUCAAAUAGACUUUCGUGAGCCUUUAAAUUGUUUAAAUCUGAAUGUACUAGAUUUUACCCCGUAUUUGUCUGUCAUUUUAACACACAUUAUAUCGAAAGCACUAAUAUUUUGUGAUUCAUAUGAGGACCAGCCUCAUUUUAUAUUAGGAUAGUAUAACGAAGGCAUCGGUCAAAAGAAUAAUAUACUUAGUAAUUAAUCUUAACUAAGCAAUUUGAUGUCCGUUUCACGAAAGUUUUACUUUUUUUAAAUUGUAGACUUAUAACUAAUGACAUGUUAAAACUUUUGGGAACACAUUGUGGCCCCGAAUGCUUCCUUUUAAAAGAUAUAUAUACAAAUAGUCAAUAUAAAUUUAGUAUUUGGGAACACUAACACAUUUUAGCAUAGCGAAGUGUUUGUUCGUGCUUCCGGUUUUACUUCCAAAUACGCCGCUGUCUAAGUUUAUAUUAAUAUUCUUGUAUGUAUUAGCUUCGUUUUAUUAGUGCUAAGGGUGCUCCUCUGUUGGUAAAUAGCUAAAGCACACACACAUUUGUAUAUGUGACUUAUGUAACGUAAUCAUAAAUACUUUUUAUAUUCACUUUCGCGAAACGGAGAAAGCGUUUGAAAAAAUCUUAAUGUUUAUAGAAAAAAAAAUGUAAGCAAUAGGUGUUUUAAAGAAAUGUCUAUAUCUGUCGAAAAUAGUAGGUCUCUGACCAAAUGUCAUAUCAAAUAAUCUCAUGCAAGAUAAAUAGCGAAGUAAUACAUUUUAUUUCUAGGCACUCAAAGCCAGUACCAUUAUAAUGUAUGUCUGCUUCGUCUUAUAUUUUGCAUUACUAAACUCUAUUUCUCUUCGCUUUAUCACUCAGAGAUAUGUAGAUUUAAAAGUUAAUGCGUUAAACUUUUGAGAUAUGUUCGACUACUCAACAGUAUUCUGUUUGAUCUCAGUCUAAAGUAUUAAACGAAUCUUACCCCAACCAAGCCGCACUAAGAGGCAAUUAUAAAGAGUAUUUAAGUAAGACUUUGCUUUCAUCUGAGCUAGCAACACAAUGCUACUGUGGUAUCCUCAAAAUAUGUAAGCUUAGUCCUAAUGCGCUUUAUAAAUGUCAGCCUUAGAGUCGUCCAUUAAGUGCUUUGUAAUGGUAGAAUUGUUAAUCAUCUAUAAGUCUACAACUGAUUAAAAGAAGAACCAAGCUUAUCACUUAAUGAUUGACUCGAUGGCUGCAAAAAAUCAGUAUUCAAAUGUAACAUUUGAAGUAAUUUUGUUAAGUAACAUUUGUUUUAGGAAGUAUAAUCGUUUAGGUUUCAUUAUUUAUCUGUCAUGGAAAAAUUAAUUAGUGUAAAAACCAAAUAAAGCAAUGUAGAUCUUUCCUAAUUUAUUGUAAUGUUUUAAGUACGACUGAAAUUAAAUUAAUUAAAUGAUUGUCUUCUUAAUUUAUGAGUAUAUAAAUAAAUGAAUCAUUGUACUUCACAUAGCGUCGUUGAAUAGACAGUAUAUAUAUCUCAGCAUUUGCAUUUUUUUUUUCAGCUGAAUCCUUGUAUUUUGUGUCAAUAUAGCUUUUCUUUUGUAUAAGAAAGAUGCUGUGAUAUUUAUAUUUUGCAAAUUUAUAUGUAUGCUAUUUUUUAAUAUUUUGGCAGUUAAGAGGAGUAACUGUUGAGUUUCUUGUCGGUUCUUCUCAGCAGACGCUACAUUCCGAACCGGCAGUAACUAAAAAAAUAUAUAUUGUUUGAAUCGUA